AUGACAGAUUUUACUAGCGAUGCUAUUUUAGUUGAUGAUACUUUCAUAGCAUCAAAUAUAAUAAAAGAACCUAAAUAUGUUAGAACUUGGAGAGUAAUUUUGAAUAAUGAAACAUUAUCAAUCGAGAUAGAUAUCAAUUUUGAUCUCUUCCCUAUGGAACAAGACAAAAAAUAUUAGGUUAUUCUCACUCAAUCAUUUUUACCAGAGUAUAAAAAGAGCUUUUCUUAUGCCAUGUAUGGAAAGAUAUUUAAAAUUGAUUUAGAAUAAGAUUAAUAUUAAAGCAUAUAUAUUUCUUAUGGAGGUCUUGUUAUGAAAAUGAGAGGUAAAUUAAAUGAUAUGAGCUAAAGCAUAAAAAAUGAAACUCGUUGCUAUAUUUUACUAAGAUAAAUUUGA